UCGAGCAUGUGUCCAUGCUGGUCAUCCUCCUCAACUGCGUCACCCUGGGGAUGUUCCAGCCCUGCGAAGACGUGGCCUGCCUGUCCGAGUGGUGUCGCAUACUCCAGGUUUUGGAUGACUGUAUAUUUGCCUUCUUUGCGGUGGAAAUGAUCAUCAAGAUGGUGGCCCUGGGGAUUUUUGGCAGCAAUUGUUACCUUGGCGACAAGUGGAACCAGCUGGACUUUGUCAUCGUCAUGGCGGGGGUGUUGGAGUACUCGCUGGAUGGACAGAAUGCCAGCUUCUCAGCCAUCCGCACAGUCCGAGUUCUCCGGCCUCUGCGGGCCAUCAACAGAGUACCAAGUAUGAGAAUCUUGGUGACGCUGCUGUUGGACACGCUUCCAAUGCUGGGAAAUGUCCUCCUCCUCUGCUUCUUUGUCUUUUUCAUCUUCGGGAUUGUUGGAGUGCAGCUGUGGGCGGGGCUACUGAGAAACCGCUGUUUUCUCGGAGAGGACAUCAGGAAAAUAUACAACCUGUCCAUCAGUCCCUACUACAUGUCGGAGGACGGCGAGGACAGCCCCUUCAUCUGCUCGGCAGCUCGCGAGAACGGGAUGCUGCGGUGCCACGACGUCCCGCCCUCCGCGGAGGCCAAGGUCGAGUGUUCGCUGCCGGCGUCUCGGCAGAGUCCGCCCCCUGCUGUGGGAGGGGGCAGCGUCAAUGGGUGUGUUAAUUGGAACCAGUAUUACAACGUGUGUCGCCCGGGGGACUUCAACCCGCACAAAGGAGCCGUCAACUUUGACAACAUCGGAUAUGCUUGGAUCGCUAUUUUCCAGGUCAUCACGCUGGAAGGAUGGGUGGAUAUCAUGUACUAUGUCAUGGAUGCUCAUUCCUUCUACAAUUUUGUAUAUUUUAUACUGCUCAUUAUUGUGGGCUCCUUCUUCAUGAUCAACUUGUGCCUGGUGGUCAUCGCCACCCAGUUCUCUGAGACCAAGCAGCGCGAGAACGCCCUGAUGCGGGAGCAGCGCGCUCGCUACAUGUCCAACGACUCCACGCUGGCCAGCUACAGCGAGCCGGGCUCGUGCUACGAGGAGAUGCUGCGCUACAUCAGUCACCUGUAUCGCAAGCUCACGCGCCGGCUGCAGAGGGUGUACUCCAGCUGGCACAGUAAACGUCGUAAAAAGGUGAACCCUAACGGCAAUGGCGGAGGCGGUACCGCUGGAGGUAACGGACACGGCCCCGGCUCCAGCAGAGGCCCAGGUAGCGCUCGGUGGUUGAGACCCAUCCACAACCUGUUGCAACACCAUCAGCACCACCACUGCCGGCUCACCAACGGCGGCCAGCACGCCAUGGGCACCACUAGCGCCGAAUACUCGGGAGGAGAAGGAGUCGCCGGAGGAGCGGAGGAGCUGGAGAUGAAGUCGCUCCCUGUCGGUCAAAGGAGUUCUAACGGGAACAGCGGCGGUCAGUCGGUGGUCAGCCAAGGCAUGGGGGCCUUGCUGAGGAGACUGAACGGUGGCAUGAACUACCCCACCAUCCUGCCGUCCUUCGUCUGCAGCUACAGCAGCAAGACGCCGCCGCCUCACUCCCAGCAGGGGGGGCACAGUCCGGAGCCGCAUCCGCCGAACCACCCCGCUUCAGAACACGCUGACAAACUGACCCAGCUCUACCAGCUCGUAGGACAACACAGUCACCAGAGUGUGCUGUACCAGCUGGCGGGUGUGGUGCCCAGUCCUCUGCUCCUGGAGCUGCUGGGCUGCCCCCUGUGUGCCCGCAGCCUGGAGACCUUGGAGCUGGAGCUGGGGGACCUGGAGGGCGGCAAGGGAGAGGCUGAUGGACUGUACGACUUCCCCCAGGGGGGAGACCUGAGAUGCGGGCGAGGUCGCGGCAGACGGCGAGCGGCCGGAGAGUACAAGAACGGAGUCCUUCGGGCUUGGAUGAACUUCAGGGAGAGACUGAAGCGGAUCGUGGAGAGCAAAUACUUCAACAGAGGGAUCAUGAUCGCCAUCCUGGUGAACACUCUCAGCAUGGGGAUAGAGUACCAUCAGCAGCCAGAGGAGUUGACGGACGUGCUGGAGAUCAGCAACAUCGUCUUCACCAGUAUGUUCGUCUUGGAGAUGGGCUUCAUGCUGCUGGCGUUCGGCCUGUUUGGAUACAUCAAGAACCCUUACAACAUCUUUGACAGCAUCAUCGUCAUAAUCAGCGUGUGGGAGAUCAUCGGUCAAAACAAUGGCGGGCUGUCGGUCCUGCGUACGUUCCGUCUCCUUCGGGUGCUGAAGCUGGUCCGCUUCCUUCCCGCCCUGAGGAGACAACUGGUGGUCUUGAUGAAGACCAUGGACAACGUGGCAACCUUCUGCAUGCUGCUGAUGCUUUUCAUCUUCACCUUCAGCAUACUGGGCAUGCAUCUGUUUGGCUGCAAGUUCAGCAUCCAGACAGAAAACGGAGACACCAUCCCUGACCGCAAGAACUUUGACACUCUUCUAUGGGCCAUCGUCACCGUGUUUCAGAGAAGUGCUGAAGAAGCAUUCAUGCAGGCUCGCAUCACCAACACUGUCCCAGUUUUAGACGCUUUUAUCGCAGCCAUUGCUGACCUUGCUCGCCAUCCCGGCGCGGUGGGAAAGUUGGAGAUGUGA